AUGGUGAAACAUAUGCGGAGUCUUUUCCUUCUAUUCCCCGUACAGCAACGAUUUGUGAUCACGAGAAAUACUGACAGAACAAAAAAUACCGAGGCUUUCACAAGAAAGCAGAUAAGUGAUGAAGAGAUGAGGAGGGACGCCGAAUCGAAACCGAAGUCAAGCCAAGCCGCGAAAGGACGGUCCCGACGGGAUUCGCCUGGCGACUGGACCAUCGUUGAACUGCUGCUGGCCGCCGCCAUGGGACGGGCUUCAUUCGAAUAUGAUGAAGUGGGUAACACUUUUUACUACGUCCUCGUCUCCUUUUACGCAAUUAUUCUUCUACCGGCUACUUAUUUCUUUUUCCCCACAGGAAAAGUUGGUACGAGUAUACACUUUGCAGAGCAACUCAAAGUUGAUGAACAUGAUUGUCAAUGUCAUGGUUGUGUGAAAAAACGGCAACAGAAGGAGGCGAAUCGACCUUGGAAGCGUACAAAGAAAAUAUUGACUGUUGUUGUAAGUAUCUUCACAGUUUUUUCCACCAAUAUGUCCAAUGUACAUCAAUCUUAA